AUGGCAGUCCAUGGCACGUGGUACUUUGCAGCAGAGGAAGCCCACUCUCCAUACUCCAUCACAGUGACUCCAUGCGACGUUCCCAUCGAAUGGAGGUUAUCAGCCAAGACACUCCUGGCAAAGCCUGUCAGUACACUGCACUUGGAAUCUAAAAAGAGCAAGCCUGAACAGUACUGGAGGACUUCAGAGGCUGUGAUGGAUCUCUUCAUCUACAGAGGGAACUCAGCGGAGAUGUUCACAAGCCGUUCCUCCAGCAAGACCCUGUACGCUAUAAUGCUUCUGUCGACAGAGAGGGACACACAGGUCACGAUGUACCUGACGACUCGCGACAUGCCCCGGGGACUCAUCCCUGAGCUGCCCUCAGACCCCCGGGUGGACACGGUCGGAGUGGGGAUGACCAGCGUGACCCUCUCCUGGAAGCCCAGUCCUUCAGUCCUGCAGCAACAUCAGCAGCAGGACUUCCAUUACUGCCUCCUGGUCAACCGCUGGCAUAACUACAAGAGCUUGUGUGCAGCCGAAACCGCUAUGAAGAAGAAGGAGGAGGAGAAGCCAUCUUCCAUGGGAUCGUGGUGGUGGCAUGGUUCUUCUGAAAUAUCCACCAGUCUCCACCCUGGUCAGCAUACAGCACUGAAGUCUUCUGGUGAUAAAAGCUCAGGUGUAACCGGGGUCUGCACUGGCACAGAGAACACCUACACGUUUUCAGAUCUCCUCCCAGAGACCCAAUACUACUUUGAUGCCUUUGUGGUCAACAGACUGAACCAAACCAGCAGCACAUACACUGGGACCUUCGCCCACACUCUCCCAGAGCCUCAGCCAGAGGUGGUUCAGCUGAUAGAUGGGGAGAUAACACGGGUGGACCUUGAGGGAAGGAGGCCCCAGCAGCAAUACAGCUUUAGACCCAAGAGCUGGCAACGGAGCGCACUGUUCACCUUCCAAACUUGCACGAGGGGGCAGGUACGGGUCAAGAUCACCAGCAAGGGGCGAACGCUGGCCUCUCAGGUGGUGGAUGGGCUUGGGCGGAUCUUGCUGGAAGGAAUGCCGAAAUACGUUCUGCAGCUGGAGCCUGCGUCAAAGUCCGGGGCUUCUCUUAAAAUCCAAGCCUCCACUGCAUACCACAAGCCAGCCUUCCCUCUACUGCCAGACAGCCUGAAGCUCAAGUCCUUCAGCAAACUGAGAACGUGUGAUUCAGUCACGCUGGCCUGGCUGGGCACCCAGGAACGGAGCAAGUACUGUGUCUACAGGAAGAGGAUUGCUGAAACCCAACUGCAGCUGGUGAAGAAGAAGAGGGACGAUGACAGGUGCUCAGGGCCGGAGUCUAGGAGGAAAGCAGAGAAAGUGCUCUGCAAAUACUUCCAGGAGCUGAACCCUCUGCGAGCAGUAACCACAGCUACCAUCGCAGGGCUGGAGCCGGGCACGUCUUACCUGUUUGAUGUGUAUCUAAUCGGACAAUGGGGAUUCCCAGUCAAGUACCGCAGUAAAGUGGUGAGGACCAAGAAAGCGUGUUGACUUUCCUCGGCUAAUGUUAUGCAUUGACUUAAUGUAAAUAGUUAUUUCUUCUUUAGUGUAUGUUUUUGUAUUACUGUAUUUUUUGUAUAUUUUGUCUUUUGUAGAACACACACCCUAAAAUGUGUCUUUGUAUAGGAUGUUACGUUUAUUGCACGUCAUUUCGUUUAUUUAUUUUUUUCUACAAAAAUUGAGAUUUUGAACAUUGAAAUCAUGGACUUUCACAA